AUGAUCCGCCGACAGGCCGGCAUCGUGCCGAAGGUGGCGCUGGUGCUGGGCUCCGGCCUCGGCGCCGUCGCCGAUGCGGUGGAGGCGCCGCAGACCCUCGCCUACCGGGACCUGCCGGGUUUCCCGCGCCCCUCGGUCGCAGGGCACGGCGGCAGCCUGAUCCUGGGGCGCAUCGCCGGACUGCCGGUGGCGGUGCUUCAGGGCCGCGCGCACUACUACGAAAGCGGGCGCGCCGAUGGCAUGAACCUGGCUCUGGCGGUGCUGAAGGAACUCGGCUGCGCGCGGCUCAUUCUGACCAAUGCCGCCGGCUCCCUGCGCGCCGACGUCGGGCCGGGGCGCCUGAUGCUGAUCCGCGACCACAUCAACUUCGCCGGCGUCUCGCCGCUUUUCGGGCUUGCCGGCAACGCGCGCUUCGUCGAUCUGGUCGACGCCUACGACCCCGCGGCGCGCGCCGCCAUCGUCGACGUCGCCGGGCGCCUGGGCCUGCCGCUGGCCGAGGGCGUCUACGUCUGGUUCUGCGGGCCGCAUUUCGAAACCCCGGCGGAAAUCCGCGCGGCGCAGGUCCUCGGCGGCGAUGCGGUGGGCAUGUCGACGGUGCCGGAGGUCAUUGUCGCACGGCUGCUGGGCCUGAAGGUUUCCGCGCUGUCGAUGAUCACAAACCUGGCCGCCGGGAUGUCCGCGGAGCCGCUCUCCCACGACCACACCAUGCAGCACGCGACGGCGGCCGCCGCCGAUAUGGCGCGCCUCCUGACCGCCUAUCUGGCGAUGAAAGCCGUGGCGGCGCGGGCCCUCGGCCUGCUCGACCUCACCAGCCUCAAUGACGACGACGAUGCGGCGGUGGUCGACGCGCUCUGCGAAAGGGCGAGGACGCCAUUCGGCCCCGUGGCCGCCGUCUGCAUCUGGCCGCGUUUCGUGGCGCAGGCGAAAGACCUGCUGCAUGGCAGCGGCAUCAAGGUUGCGGCGGUGGCGAACUUCCCCGCCGGCGGCGACGACAUCGCCGCGGCGCUGAGCGACACGCGGGAGAUCGUCCAGGCCGGCGGCGACGAGGUGGACCUUGUGAUGCCCUACACGAAGUGGCUGGCCGGGGAGCGGGAUCUGGCCAAGCGGAUGAUCGCCGACUGCAAGCAGGCCUGCGGCGACACAGCGCGCCUCAAGGUCAUCCUCGAAACCGGCCGGCUGGACGCUGCGGAGACGAUCUAUGAAGCCAGCGGCGAUGCCAUCGCCGCCGGCGCCGAUAUGAUCAAGACCUCGACCGGCAAGAUCGCAGUGUCUGCCACCCUGGAGGCUGCCGAGGCCAUGUUGCGGGCGAUCAAGGACUCCGGCCGCGAUGUCGGCUUCAAGGCGGCGGGCGGCAUACGCGACACGGCGGCGGCGGGCGUCUACCUGGCCCUCGCCGACCGGAUCAUGGGCCCGGACUGGGUCGACCCCUGGCGGUUCCGCUUCGGCGCCUCCGGUCUGCUGAACGAUCUUUUGGCCGUGCUCGGAGACGAGGAGAUCAUCCGCCGCAAGCGCGACGGUGCGGCCCUUUCGCAGGAGGAGAUCGCCGCCUUCGUGGCCGGCAUCGCCGAUGACAGUAUCGGCGAGGGCCAGGUUGCGGCCUUUGCCAUGGCGGUUUUCCUGCGUGGCAUGGCGCGGGCCGAAGCGGUGGCCCUGACCCGCGCCAUGACCGAGUCCGGCCAGCGCCUGGACUGGCAGGGCCUGGACCUGCCGGGCCCCUGCGUCGACAAACAUUCCACCGGGGGCGUCGGCGACAAGGUCAGCCUGAUCCUCGGGCCGCUGGUGGCGGCCUGCGGCGGCUACGUGCCGAUGAUUUCGGGCCGGGGGCUCGGCCAUACCGGCGGCACGCUGGACAAGCUGGACGCCAUUCCCGGCUAUACCACCGCGCCGGAUGUCGAUCGCUUCCGCCAGACGGUCAAGGCCGCCGGCUGCGCCAUCAUCGGCCAGACCGCCGACCUGGCGCCGGCCGACAAGCGGCUCUAUGCCAUCCGUGACGUCACCGCGACGGUAGAAUCCAUCCCGCUGAUCACGGCGUCCAUUCUCUCCAAGAAGCUGGCCGCCGGUCUCCAGGGCCUGGUGAUGGACGUAAAGACCGGCAACGGCGCCUUCGCCGCGACGGUGGAGGAGGCGCGGGCCUUGGCGGAGAGCAUCGUCGCCGUCGCCGGCGGGGCGGGCCUGCCCACCACGGCGCUGAUCACCGACAUGAACCAGCCGCUGGGAAGCACCGCGGGCAAUGCCCUGGAGGUCGCCGAAUCGGUGGCCAUGCUGAAGACCGGCCAGGGCGACGCGCGCCUGCGCGAACUGGUCAUCGCGCUGGCAGCCGAGAUGCUGGUGCUCGGCGGCUUGGCGCCGGAGGCCGCGGCGGCGGCUCAGCAAGCGGAGGCCGCGCUGACAUCCGGCGCGGCGGCUGAACGCUUCGGCGCCAUGGUGGCCGCCCUUGGCGGAGCGGCGGACUUCGUCGAACGCUCUGAUGACUAUCUUCCCAAGGCCCCGGUCCAGCGCCCGGUGGCGGCGGAGGCGGCCGGGCGCCUGACCGCCUGCGACACCCGCGCGGUCGGCCUGGCGGUGGUGGAACUGGGCGGCGGGCGGCGGCGGGUCGAAGACAGCAUCGACUACGCGGUCGGUUUCAGCGACCUGCUGCCCCUGGGCAGCGCCGUACAGUCCGGCGAUCCCCUGGCCGUGGUCCACGCUGCCACCGAAGAGGCCGCGGAGGCGGCAAGCCGGCGCUUGCAGGAAGCCUUCACCUUCGGUCAGACUGUCGAAGACGCCGGCGGGCCGGUGGUGCGGCAGCGCAUCACCGCCGCGACGGCAGCCCAGCAGCGCAUGACACCGCGAGCCGAAGCGGCGCGCUUUGCUGCGCCUUCCGGCGGCCGGCUGACGGCGGAGAUGGUGCAGGCCUUUGAACGCGACGGCUUUCUGGUGCUGGAGGACAUGGUGCCUCAGGCAGACUGCGAAGCCCUGAUCGCCCGCGCCGAGGCCAUGGUAGAGGAUUUCCAGCCGGCCAGCGUCGCUUCGAUCUUUUCGACCCAGGGCCAGGUCCAUGGCCGCGACCGCUACUUCCAGGACUCCGGCGACAAGGUCCGCUUCUUCUUUGAAGAGGAGGCCUUCGACGCCGCGGGCGCGCUGCGCCAGGCCAAGCGGCUGUCGAUCAACAAGAUCGGCCAUGCCCAGCACGAUCUCGAUCCCGUCUUCGCCGCGUUUUCGCACCGCCGCGCUUUCGACAACACCGUCAAGGCGCUGGGCUGUGCCUGCCCCCUGGCGCUGCAGUCGAUGUACAUCUUCAAGCAGCCGCGCAUUGGCGGCGAGGUCGGCUGGCAUCAGGAUUCGACCUUCCUCUAUACCGAGCCCCUGAGCGUGCUCGGCCUAUGGUUCUCGCUGGAAGACGCCACGCUGGAGAACGGCUGCCUCUGGGCGCUGCCGGGUGCCCACAAGGGUCCGCUGCGCCAGCGCUGGCGCCGCGUUGGUGAGCGUCUGGUGAUGGAAUCCCUGGACGAGACACUCUGGGACGAGGAGACGGCGGUGCCGCUGGAGGUGCGCCGGGGCGCCAUGGUGGUGCUGCACGGCAAGCUGCCCCACGGCAGCCUGCCCAACCGCUCCGAGCGCUCGCGCCACGCCUAUACCCUGCAUGUGAUCGACGGGGCCUGCGACUAUCCGGCGGACAACUGGCUGCAGCGCAGCCCGGCGCUGCCGCUGCGCGGUCUCACCGCCGGCGGCGUGCAGAUUGCUUUUGGAUUGGAGAAGAAGAUGACUCUUUCUCGCAGCCUCCGGCAGUGCGUUUUCACCGCGGCUCUCAUAGCCUCGGCCUUUCUGAUCCCGGCCCUUCCCGCAGCCGCGGAACCGGUCACGGUCAGCCUCAUGCACAUCAACGAUCUCGACCGCAUCGAGGAAUCCAAGGGCAAGGGCGGCAUAGCCCGGGUCAUGGCCCUGGUGCAGCAGGAACGCGCCCGCGCCGACACCGUGAUCUUCACCCACGGCGGCGACACCAUCUCGCCCUCGCUGCUGUCCUCCUUCGACAAGGGUGCCCACAUGAUCGACCUCUACAACGAGGCCGAACUGGACCUGCUGGUGAUGGGCAACCACGAGUUCGACUUCGGUCCCGAGGUGGCCAAGCAGCGGGUAAGCGAAGCCCGCUUCACCGUGCUGGCCAGCAACAGCCGCGACAGCGACGGCGAGCCGCUGGACGGCACCGCCGCCACCUGGAUGGCCGAAGCCGGGCCCUACAAGAUCGGCUUCUUCGGCCUGACGACGCCGGAGACCGCGGACAUCUCCAGCCCCGGCACGGUGACCUUCGAACCGCUGCUGCAGUCGGCCCGCGACUACUCCCAGCAACUGCGCGAUGAGGGCGCGGACCUGGUGGUGGCCGUGGCCCACACCGGCGUCGAGGAGGAUCUCAUGCUGAUGCGUGCCGACAGCGGCAUCGACAUUCUGAUGUCCGGCCACGACCACCUGCUGGUGACCUACUACGACGGCCAGCGUGCCUUCAUCGAGUCCGGAUCGCAGGGCGAGCAACUCGUUGUGGUCGAUGUGACCCUCAACACGGUGGAAAGCCGCGGGCAGCAACGUUUCGUCUGGGAGCCGGCCUUCCGUAUCGUCGACAGCCGCAGUGUCGAGCCCGAUGCGGCCAUGGCGGCCAAGGUGCAGGUCUACCUCGACCGUUUGAGCGAGGAGCUGGACGUGCCCAUCGGCACUGCGCUGACCGCCCUCGACAGCCGGCGCGCCUCCGUACGCGGCGGCGAGACGGCCAUCGGCAACCUCAUCACCGAUGCCAUGCGACAAGGCGUCGAGGCCGACGUGGCGCUCACCAACGGCGGCGGCAUCCGCGGCGACAAGACCUACGACGCCGGCAUCACCCUGACCCGCCGCGACAUCCAGACCGAGCUGCCCUUCGGCAACAAGACCGUGAAGCUGGAGCUGACGGGCGCGCAGUUGAUGCAGGCCCUGGAGCACGGCUUCAGCAAGGUGGAGGAGGGGGCCGGGCGCUUUCCCAGCGUCUCCGGCAUGACCGUGACCUGGAGCCGUUCGGCCCCGGCGGGUCAGCGUGUGCGCUCCGUCACCGUCGGCGGCAAGCUUCUGGACCCGGAGGCGAGCUACACCCUGGCGACCAACGACUUCGUCGCGCGCGGCGGCGACGGCUAUGCCGUCUUUACCGAGGCGGUGCCGCUGAUCGACGGCAUCUCCGCGCGUCUGAUGGCGACCAUGGUGAUGGACUUCGUCGCCGCCACCGGCGAGGUCUCCCCCAAGGUGGAGGGCCGGGUGACGGCUGGGCGGCGACAAGCGCAGGCCGGUGCGAAUCGAACGAUGAUCGAAACGCUCGCCUUCGAUGCCGACGAUACGCUCUGGCACAACGAGCACCUGUUUCAGGAUACGCAGGAGAAGCUUGCGGAAAUCGUCGGCCGCCACCGCCCGGGGGAGGACAUCGCCGAAGCCCUCUAUGCCGUGGAGAUGCGCAACCUCGCGCUUUUCGGUUACGGCAUCAAGGGCUUCACCCUCUCCAUGGUGGAGGCGGCCAUCGAGUUGACGCGCGGGCGCAUCGCAGCGGACGAGAUCCACGAGAUCGUGCAGCUCGGUAAGACGAUGAUGACCGCGCCGGUCGACCUGCUGGAGGGUGUGGAGGCGGUGCUGGACGCUGUCUCCGGACGCUACCGCACGCUGCUCAUCACCAAGGGCGACAUGGUGGACCAGACCAGCAAGAUCGAACGCUCCGGCCUCGCCGGUCACUUCGAUCAGGUGGAGAUCGUGCCGCGCAAGGACGCGGCGACCUAUCGCCGGGUCUUCGACCGUCACGGCGUCGAUGCGUUGCGCACCGUGAUGGUCGGCAACUCCGUGCCGUCGGACGUGCUGCCGGUGCUGGAACUCGGCGGCUUCGCCGUCCACGUGCCCUAUGCCAUCCUCUGGGCUCACGAGGCCCAUGAUGCCGACCCCGUCAGCGAACGAUUCCACCGCCUGGAACGGCUGGAGGACCUUCCGAGGCUCUUGCAGCGGCUCGGGGCCUCCGGGCGCUCUUCAUAA